AUGCGGAUCUCAUUGAGGGCGACUCCACUGAGGGCGGACCCCACUGAAGGCGACCCCACUGAGGGCGACCCCACUGAGGACGACCCCACUGAGGGCGACCCCACUGAGGGCGACCCCACUGAGGAGCGUCCACGGUACCGCACCACGUACGCAUGCGAGGGCUCAACCCUGAACAUGGACUGUGAAGCUGGCCACGUCAUCAACCUGAUCCGUGCAAACUACGGUCGCUUCUCCAUCACCAUCUGCAACGAGCACGGCAAUACCGAGUGGUCUGUCAACUGCAUGAGUCGCCGCUCACACCGCGUUCUGCAUGACAACUCACUCCCUCCUACUUCUCCGUUACAGAUGCAGUCAGCGUCAGAACUGCAGCGUCGCGGCUUCGACUCGUGGCUUCGGAGACCCUUGCCCCGGAACUCUGAAAUACCUGGAAGCUCAGUUCCAAUGUGUGCCUGUUGGCUUAUGGAGGCCCAGAGCACCGUGUCCUCCAUCACUGGGGACCAGCCAUUACAGCGGCCUCCCCAGGCCCGGGACCGCGGCAACGACGUCGGUGGUUUCGGGCCAUCGUCUGAUGCUGACGGUUUCGGAGGACUGCCCGAUACUGCUGAUGCUGAUGGCAUUUUGGACUCGGAACUUUUGGCUCCUGAUGGCGGAGGAAGUUCGUCCUCUACAUCGACCACAACAACAUUGAAACCACCUCCUUGGUUAAAAACGAAUAUUACCAAAAACUCGACAACCACCUCUACUACUACCACCACUUCGUCAACCACCUCUACCACGACGACUACAAGUUCACCUCGACCGCCUGCCCCCAACGACACAGAUUCAUCGUCGGUGGACUCACCGGCGGACGAUCGAGGCGGUUCGCCUUCACGCGGUCGUGACGACAGCGGCGCUCCGGCUAAAAUCCCCGUCAGUCUCCCUGAUCCUCAAGAAGAUGUCGAGGGCGACCAAAAUCUGGGAGAGGAUGAAGUUCGUGAACGAGAGGACCUAUUCGAAGAGCAGGAUCGACUCUUGGAGAAGGAGAUGGGGCACAUCUUCCCGCAACAUUAUCCUCAUUCUCCGUACGGCCAAGACCACGUCGAUGAAAAUCUGCUCUCGCCCGGUUGGCGGCCCCGGGAGUCCUGGUGCGGGCCGUCGUCUGGACGAGGCUUGCUCUGGAACUGGACUCGAGCAGGCGAGAAGGCGAUCCAGGCGUGUCCAGGCGGUGCCUCUGGAUGGGCCAGGCGAGACUGCUACCCUGGCGGCUGGGCCUCACGUGCGGAUCUGGGCGAAUGCCGCAGCGUGUGGCUGAGUACCCUCACUGCUCGUGCCCAGGGCACGGACUCAGUUUUGGCUGUGGUGCAUGACUUGUCGGCGGUGACCGCGGUGCGCGCGCUAUACGGAGGAGACGUUACUGCUGCCGCUCGACUCCUGUCGUCUCUUGCUAAGCGCAUGGCCACAAGCUUGUCCCACUUCCCCGACACGUCGCAAAGGGAGGCGUUAUUGUCUGAGCUUCUGUCGGCGACGCUGGCCUCGGCAUCUCAUCUUAUCGGUUCUCAGGAAGACGCUUGGGGCGAUCUACAGCCAGACGAACAUAGAGCCGCUGUCACCGCUCUGCUCCUAGGACUUGAACAAGCGGCCUUUCUGCUCGCCGACAAUCUCCGCCAGCAGAAGGUCGUGGUUGACUCCUAUCCCAAUAUACUGAUGAGACUUCAAGUGCUGGAGACUCGAAACGUGGCCUACCCUGUGACAUUCCCAUCCAUGGAUGAAGUAUGGCAGGUCCCCACUCCCCAACCCGGUCCCCCAUCCCCAUCAAACCCUUCCAUACCUCCACUAGGGGAACCCGCUGUCUCUUCCGUCAUUCUUAACCCCUCAUCCUCUGCUCCUUACGAAGGAUCUUCAUCCCCUAACCUCGGAGAUCGUGCCAUAGGUCCUCCUUCCUACGACUCAAUAACUUUGCCACCUGAAGCGCUGCUCGAAAAUUCUGAAAAUCGGCUCAUCAAGAUGGUUUUCUUCAGCUAUCGAGGCCUCGAGAAGCUGCUGCAGCCCACCUACUCCUACUCCCACGAUCCUGCAUUCAAGCUUCCCAAUCGAACGCGACUGCUCAACUCCCGCGUUCUCGCGGCCUCGUUGGGCUCCGGACGCCACAUUGAACUCACGGAGCCCGUGGUGGUGACGUUCGCGUUACUCUCCACCGAGAACGUCACCAACGCGUCCUGCGUCUUCUGGGACUACACCACUAACUAUCGAGGCCUCGAGAAGCUGCUGCAGCCCACCUAUUCUUACUCACAUGAUCCUGCAUUCAAGCUUCCCAAUCGAACGCGACUGCUCAACUCUCGCGUUCUCGCGGCCUCGUUGGGCUCCGGACGUCACAUUGAACUCACGGAGCCCGUGGUGGUGACGUUCGCGUUACUCUCCACCGAGAACGUCACCAACGCGUCCUGCGUCUUCUGGGACUACACCACUAACUUAUGGUCAGAGGAAGGGUGCCGCGUGAUGGGUUCCAACACAACCCACGUGACGUGCCAGUGUGAUCACCUCACCAACUUUGCGGUGCUUAUGGAUUUCCACGCGACGCCGCUGUCGUCUGAACACACUUUCGCUCUCGCCGUCAUCACAUACGUUGGUUGCGUCGUGUCUAUCGUUUGUCUUCUUCUGGCCAUCGUCGUGUUCCACGUCUUCAAAGGCCUUCAGAGUGAUCGCACCAGCAUCCACAAGAACCUAUGCGGUUGCCUGCUGGUCGCCGAGAUCAUCUUUCUGGGCGGCAUCAACCAAACGGGCAACCGCAUCGCUUGUGGUGUCAUCGCGGGGCUACUGCACUACUUUUUCCUGUCGGCUUUUGCUUGGAUGUUCAUGGAAGGUUUACAACUGUACCUGAUGCUAGUCGAGGUGUUUGAAGCCGAGCGGUCACGACUCAAGUGGUAUUGCCUGGCUUCCUACGGCGCCCCGGCAAUUGUGGUGUUGGUAUCCCUCGGCAUCGACCCUCUGAGCUACGGAACUCCACAGGUCUGCUGGCUACGCACUGAUAACAACUUCAUCUUCGCCUUCAUCGGACCUGUCGCAGUCGUUCUUUUGGCAAAUGCUGUGUUCCUGAUCUUGUCUCUAGUGGUGCUCUGCAGACACGCGUCCGCAUCUGCUUCCCUCAAGAACAAGGAGCACACUAAGCUCGCCUCUGUCAGGACAUGGCUUCGUGGAGCAUUUGUUCUGGUCUUUCUUCUGGGACUGACCUGGACGUUUGGAUUGCUUUAUCUCAACCAACAGACGGUCGUCAUGGCUUACGUCUUCACCGUACUCAAUGCACUCCAAGGACUGUUUAUUUUCAUCUUUCACUGCGUCCAAAAUGAUAAGGUGAAGAAGGAGAUGCGUGGGGCAUGCCGCCGUCACUCGUGGCUGCGAGCUUGUCUCUGUGACACUCACGGCCUUCACACACCCACGUCCAGCGUGGUGACCAAACCCGACACUCGGGGCAACAGCCUACGGCGUCACCCAUCCCUGUCACCCUCUGCUGUGUUAGCGUCAUCUUCAUCCGCUGCCCAAGGGGCAACAUCUGUGGGUAACACUCCCUACAUUCACCCACAGCACCCGAACAACCCACCAACCAACAAAUACUCGUUCAAAUCAUGUGGCCGAGAUUCUGGCCACGGAGGUAGUGAGCAGGACGAAUCUCCCCGCACUGGCACUGCCGGCAAACUGACCUCCCUGCGACUGAACAACAACGUAGCUCCUCACCAGCCCGCUGACCGUCUUGUAAAUUCCUUCACCCAACCUCACACUGAAAUGCCGAGUCCUGAAGCAUUGUUGCCAGACUACCGUCUGGCUAACGAUGGUUUGCGGUUACCCCAACAUCCUGGAAUCAGAAAUCAGAGUCCUUAUAACCACACAUACACCGAGAUAUCCGAAGGGGGCAAGAGCAUCAGCAGCCGCUUGCCCACGGAUCCAGUGUACGAGGAAAUAGAGAGAGAGGGGCGGCUUGUCGCCGAGCUCCAGGUGAGCGACAUGAGCGACGAAGAUGGACGCCGAAUGUCUUCUGAUGUGUCACGUCAGUCAUCUCGGUCUUAUGGAGACCACAGACCUCUAUUGCCUUACACUCUACCUGAUCAUUUACAUGCAUCGCUGCAGCAUAUUCCUCAUCAACAUUUCCACCACAUCCAACAUCAGUUGCACCAACAUCAACUGCAUCAGAACCAUAUCCAACAAAUACAUAUGCAGCAGCAGCAUCAACUUCAACAACAGCAAAUUCAACAACAAUUGCAGCAAGAGCAGCAACUGCAACAGCAGUUACAACAACAGCAGCAGCAGCACCAUCAUCAUCACCAUCACCGCCAUCAUCAUCCGACGCCAAUGAUUGCGACUGCACAUCCAAUCAACGCCUACGAAACUCGCACCAGACCCGAGAUUCUGAAUGUUGCUGAAUCUGUCGCCGUGAGCGCGGCACUCAGCCCUCGUAGCCCCCAUCAGUGCCUUGAAACUUUGAGCCCCAUGCCGUCGGUGGUGCAGCCUCUGAGCGAGCCUAACCUGCGUAACUGGGAGGCUGUACAGCAUCGGCGGGACAUGGCUCAGUUGCAGCAGCAUUUGGGGGAAAUGACUGUUGCUGUGCUCAACGGCGAACAGGUCGUAUGCAAACUCAAGUCGCCGCCCAACAAAGUUCCGAGGAAGAACGCCAGCCGACUUCACAAGGCUGUCAGCCGAGCCCUGAGGAAAAGCCAAAUCAUCAACACAAACAUCCAGUAA